UCUUACAGUCAGGAAUGAUAACUAUAAUUAUUUUGACAGUCUGUUCAACUAAUCAUUCUAAUUAUGAGAACAAUACAAUUGAUUCAACAGUGUUUAGGCACGUAGAUGGGCUUGCUCAUGUGACCUUCCUCAAUUGUUACGAUAAUCAUACUCCAUUUUCACCCUCUUCUCUUAAUCAAAUUUGCUUCGACAGUAGCAAUAAUACAUAUAGUGUGUACUAUGUUUUGGGACAAGUGUAUAACGGGGAUUGCGCGAGUGUUAUCAUGCCGAUAAGAGAAGCCCAAACUGAGGCAGUUCUGAAGGGACAAUUACAUGCAGCCUUAGAUAAGGGUUUUGGGUUGAAAUGGAAAGCAAAUGAAGAGCAGUGUGAUAACUGCACUAAAUCUGGUGGCAAGUGUGGCUAUGACAAUCAAUUCCUCUGUUUCUGCAAACAGGGACCUCAAAAUAUUUCAUGUCCACAACCACAUGAAUCUUCAGCUUCAGAUUGUUGUAAACAAAACAUGGUGUUGAGACGAGGGAGUAACAGUUGUCACUGCGUGUAUCCCAUAAAGCUAGACCUUCUCCGAAUGUCCUCCAAAACUCCAAUUGGAAUCUUUUUCUCGACGAAUUAGCUACCCAACUUGGGUUGCAAAUUUCCCAGAUUGAAUUGGUAAAUUUUGAUGUACUCUCCUUAUCAGCAUUAAAUAUAUCAAUGGAUAUCACUCCACAUGAAGGGACCAGUUCCUCUGCCAAUGAAGCAUCUAGAAUAAACUCUUCGCUUUCAAUGCACAAGAUUCAACUAGACCCUAGAUUGGUGGGUGACUACAAACUUCUCAAUUUGACGUGGUAUGAGCCUCGGCCUCCAUCUCAAGAAUCAAGAAAGAAGCCGAAUCGGCUACUCAAG